CUCUCCUCCCCCACAGCUCCUCCCACUGCCUCCUUUAAAGUGGGGCCGGGGCCACUGGCCACCAUCCACCAUGGCCUGCCACUGGCCACCAUGCACUGUCUUGCCAGCCUGGCCCUGGUCCUGCUCGCCCUGGAGGCUGCCGUGGCCCUGGCCGCGGCCCCGGCCUUCACUGUGCCAGGGCAGGCCAUGUGCCCGGAGCUCAGCUCCUCGGAGGAGGACUCCUGCGUCGUCUCCUGCAGCACCGAUGAUGACUGCCCCCAAGGCAUCAGAUGCUGCCCCGGGAGCCCCUGCAGCCGCUCCUGCGUGUUCCCCGUCAUGGCACCUUUGCAAAAGGCUGGCCGCUGCCCCCGGGUACCCGUCCCGCUGGCCCCCGAGCCCUGCUCAGAGAGCACCGAGUGCUCUGUGGACAGCCAGUGUGCAGGGAGCAGGAAGUGUUGUUUCAGCACGUGCGCCAUGCGGUGUCUGGACCCUGCGACAGGAGACCUGGCUCGGGAGCUGGGAAAUUGCUUCCUGGCUACCUGUGACCCCACCUUCCUGCCACAAAAGGAAGCAGGACUCCUUGGAGACGCCAUUGAGGGAACAAAGAACAAGGCCGUGGGGGACACCAUGUGUCAGAAAGCGGGAGCCAACCUGCAGCCACCCCCAGACAACCUUGCCCCUCCCCCCAGCGCCACCAGCAUACAGAGGAGAGGAGGCUCUUCUUAG